AUGGCUUCAUACAUGAAUCACUUCAGCUUGUUGCAAGCCAUCUCCCUUUUAUACGUUUUGUUCACACUCACCUGCACAGGAUCAUCACCUAGCCAUGAUGAGGAAUGCUCAGCCUUGUUUCAGUUUAAGCAAAGCUUAAUUCAUCAAGAUGAUGCGCUUUGCAAUGCUAGUUGGUUUCAAACCUUCCAGUCUUGGAAGCCAACUAGCAAUGCAUCAGAUGCUGGUUUUGAUUGUUGUUCGUGGUAUGGGGUUGAGUGCAGAAAUUACCAUGAAAAUGGUCAUGUGAUCGGCCUUGACUUGAGUGAAUGCUCUCUUUGCGGGCAUAUCAAUUCUACCAGCACCCUCUUCAGCCUUGUUCAUCUUCAAAGCCUAAACCUUGCCAUGAACAACUUUGUUGAAUCUCAAAUCCCAUCUGAGAUUGCUCAUCUAAAGCAAUUAAGAACCCUCAAUCUCUCUUAUUCUGGGUUUACUGGCCAAAUCCCAAACGAAAUCUCACACUUGAUGCAUCUGUCUUCCUUAGAUCUGUCGAUGAAUCUACUAAAGCUUCAAACUCCUAGUGGCUUCGAGAAUCUACUGCAAAACUUAACAGGACUCGAAGAACUCGAUCUCUCAUGGGUUGACAUUAGUUCUUCCGUACCUCAUUUCUUAGCCAACUUUUCUUCUUUGAGGUCAAUCGGGCUGUAUAAUUGUUUGCUUCAGAAUGAAUUCCCGAAAGCCAUACUUGAGAUGCCAAAGUUAGAAAUACUUGAUGUGGCAUCAAAUACCAACCUCAUUGGUUCCAUUCCUGAAUUUCAUAACAGCAGCUUGCUUAAAUUGGGCCUUUCGGAUUGCUCUUUCUCAGGUACCAUUCCAGGUUCGCUUUCUAACUUGACGCAACUCAAUUUCUUGAGUCUUGCUGGCAAUAAGUUCACAGGCUUUGUUCCUUCAUUGGCAAGUCUUUUAAAACUCAAUGUUUUGAAUCUUGGUGGUAACAAAUUCAAAAAGGGACGCUUGCCCAAUUGGCUUGCCAAGCUAACAAAACUUAAUGAACUGCAUCUAACUGGUAUGAACAUAAAAGGUGAAAUCCCACCCUCUCUUGCAAACCUAACCGAGCUUGGUGUGGUCACGAUGGGAAGAAAUUUCCUUACUGGUCAAAUACCAUCAUCAUUUUUCAACCUCACAAAACUAACAUAUAUACAACUUCAAGAAAAUCAAUUGCAAGGACCAAUUUCAAGCUCAUUUUCCAAAUUCAAAAGUCUUCAAUUUGUUAGCCUAUUCUCGAAUAAUCUCGAAGGGAGGGUAGACAUAGACAUGUUCCUACACCUCAACAAACUUGAUACUCUCAGGUUAGGUGAUAACAGGAUAUCAUUACUUUCUGCCAACAAUUACACCAAUAACACAUUACCACAACUAAUUGAAUUCAACCUCGAAUCAUGCAACUUGAAGGAAUUUCCUUCCUUUUUGCGCUUCCAAGAUAAAUUGAUAGACUUACGUCUCAAUGACAACAAAAUUGAUGGCCUGGUACCGGUGUGGAUUUGGAAUAACAGCAAAGAAACAUUACAGAAGAUUGACCUUUCAUACAACUCCAUCACUGGCUUUCAUCAGCAUCCUCGUUUUCUCCCAUGGAGAUCUUUACAACUAUUUUUCAUCAGUCAUAAUCAGGUGCAAGGACGGCUACCAAUUCCACCACAAACUACAAUCGCUUAUGCAGCCGAAAAUAACAAUCUGACCGGAGAAAUACCACCAAUGAUAUGUGAAAUGAAAUCUCUACAAAUGUUUGAUUUGUUUUCUAACAACCUAAGUGGAACACUUCCUCUGUGUUUUGGUAGCUUAAGCAAUUCGUUGUCGUUUUUGGAUCUGAGCAGAAACAACUUUCAUGGCAAAAUUAUGAAUUCAUUUAUGCACGGAUGCAUGUUGAAAAGUUUUGAUGUGAGUGAAAAUAGAUUUACGGGUCAGCUCCCAAGAUCAUUGACAAAUUGUACCAAUUUAAAGGUUCUCUCUCUUGGAGCUAACUCUUUUGAUGAUGUAUUUCCUUUUUGGAUGGGAACUCUUCCGGAGUUGCAAGUUCUUGAUUUGCGGUCCAACAAACUUUAUGGUCCAAUUCAAGGUUCCACAGCUGUUUCCACACACUUCUCUAAGUUACGGAUCAUAGACCUCUCUAACAAUGGUUUUAGUGGUCAAUUGGACCAAAAGUACUUCCAGACUUGGAAUGCAAUGAAAUUUGUUGGCAAAUCAUCUGUUAUGGAAGUCAAUGACAAAUCAUCUGGUUUCAUUUGGGAUUAUACAAUAAGAGUAAUUCACAAAGCUGUCAAUACACAGUACGAACAUAUCUUAACCAUAGAUAUGGCUAUUGAUCUCUCUUGUAACCAUUUUGAAGGAGAAAUCCCACUAUCAAUCCAAGAUCUUCAAGGGCUUCAAUCACUCAAUCUUUCCAACAAUCAUUUUACAGGACACGUUCUGCCCUCACUAGAAUCUCUAAAGAAUGUCGAAGCUUUGGAUCUCUCCCACAAUAAAUUAUCUGGAGAAAUUCCUCAACAGUUGGUGCAACUCAACUUCCUUUCAAUUUUCAAUGUGUCAUUCAACAAUCUUGAGGGGCGCAUACCCCAGGGAAAGCAGUUCAAUACAUUCGACAAGAGCUCCUACACGGGGAAUUCUCGAUUGUGUGGACAUCCUUUAUCCGAGGAAUGUCAAAUUUCAAAGGCUUCAAGACUUCCACCACCAACCAAUUUGUCCGAAUCUCUCUUCCCAAGCGAAAGAAUUGAUUGGAUCAUUAUAUUCUGUGGAGUUGGAAGUGGGCUGGUUGUUGGGAUUUUUAUUGGAAACUUUCUAUAUGGAAGAUAUAGUGAUCAGUCCACAAAGAGGAAGGACAGAUGGGUAAGGCAACUUCGUAACACAAGGAGAAACAAAGGAGUAUCAUAACUUCAAGUUCGAAGGACAAGGAUAAGAUGUAUAAGGUCAAGGGAUUUGAGUCUAAUUAUUGUUAAGUAUGUGGAUUUGCUCUGAGUUAGGAUUUUAGUUUGUUUACUGUUAAGUAUGUGUAUUUCAAUUAUAUUUCUUUGAGUUAGACUUUUGUUGUAAGAUUUUUUAUAUACCUUAGACUUGUGUUGCCUAUGUGUAUCCUUGAUACAUAAAAGGCAUACUUGUUUUAAAAUGUGAUAUACUAACUUGGACUAUAUUCUCGACGA